UAAUAAAAUGACAAGUGUCCUUUUUAUGUUAAUAUAAUAAAUAAUAAUUGCUUCGGGGCUAGAAUAUAUGUUGGGCCAAUUAAUUCAGAAUUUCCUAGGCCCAAUUAAGCCAUGUCAAUUAUUUAUGCGGCCCAAUUCACCCAAUAUUUAUUUCCCCAUCUGACCCAAACAGCCACCAUUUGCUUCCUUUCGAAACGACGUCGUCACAAAUUAGUCUUACUCGAAGGGUAAAGUUGUAAAUAAAUCAUAAUUCAUAUAAACCCUAAAGCUGCAAAACCCCCCAUUUUUUAUCAGAGUUCGUCGAAUUUCUGGAGCCGAAUUUCUCUGCUAAUUUACCUCGAAAGUGAACACUUCGAUUCCGUGGUUUGACAUUGUUUCCAGGCCUUAGGUAUUUGAUUGUGGUUGAAUUCGGUGAGAAGCUCCGCCAAUGGCAGAUGCUACUCAACUUGUAUCGAACAAUGAACGAAUAAGCAGAGAAUCUCCACAGUUGGUUCCUCUGUUGAAGGAAAUGAAAGAUAGUUUGGAUUCCCUGGGAUUUAAAAUCCAGGCUUUUACUGAUAAGGUGAAAGCAGGUAAUUUCCCCACAGCAGAUGGCAUAAGCUAUCUCGAGGCUAAACAUUUGCUUCUCCUAAACUAUUGCCAGUCGCUUGUUUAUUUUGUGCUUCGAAAAGCAAAAGGAUUAUCAAUUCAGGAGCAUCCUGUUGUUAGGAGUCUUGUCGAGUCAAGAUUAUUCUUAGAAAAGAUUCGUCCAAUCGACAAAAAACUCGAGUACCAAAUUCAAAAGCUAACAAAUACUAAACCAAAGACGAAGGGAGAACCAGGUUCGGUUCAGAAGGAAGUGGAUGGAACUCAAAACACAGCGGACUUGUUAAAACUUCGCCCGAAUCCUGACUUGCUUAUUAGCAAAACAAAUCCAGGCGAAGAGGAUGGUAGUGGUGUAUAUCGGCCCCCAAAAUUCGCUCCAUCUGCUAUGGAUGAGAAGUCGUCAAAAGAUAAGAGGAACGCUAGGAGAAAAGAAGAACAAUUUGUGAGGCAGGCAAAACAGAAUUCUUAUGUUAGAGAGUUACUUGAUGAUCUCGAGGGAAAACCUGAAGAGAUACGAGAAAAUCUUGGAUCGGAGAGUAGAGAAAUGACGAAUUACAUCUCGAAGAUGGAAAGACGUGCUCAACAAGAAGAGGAACUUUUUACUCGCGCCCCUAUCACUAAAGUCGAGAAAAAGAAGCUGAAAUAUUUAACCAAGUCCCGAAAUGGGUUGAACGAUCUGACUACGGAAAGUUUCUACGAUGAGAUAAAGACUCUGCCCACAGAGGGUGACACCACAGAGCAACCAAUCAGCUUUAACGAUGCUCCCAGUGGAGAUAGAAAAUUUAAGAAGCGCAAGAGAAAGUAUUGAGUGGCAGCGAAUUCAGAUUAUGGAUCGACUCACGGGCAGUUUUCUGACGCAGAGAAGCAUAUGUUUCCUUGAUUUUUACUAAUACAAUUUUUGUAGCGAGUAAUUCGGACAUUGAUUUUUAUUUCUUGAAUACUGCUUAGUAUAUUUGUCCUGUCUAGUAUGCAUGUGUUCUUGUGGUAUUCAUUUUCAUUUAUGUGCAGAUACAGUAUAUU